CAAAAGCCCCUUCCUCCUCCUCUUCUUCCUCAAUAUAUGUUAGGAAAAAAAACUCUCUGCUCUUGUAAUAUUUCUAUCUCUGUUUUUAGAAAAUUCAAAAAUAUUUAUCUUUCUCUUCCUAUUUCACUUAUAUAUUUUGAUGCAUAACUACAGAGCCUUGAUUUUUGAUGUACUUUAAGAUUCAUGACUCCAGUAAUCAGUGAAGUUCUUCUUUCUGGUUUUACAAUUAACUCAACGCUUCGUCGUGGAACUCACUUAGUCCAAUCCUUCUCUGUUGUCUUCCUCUACUGGUUCUACGUGUUCUCAUGAAAAUACUCCUCGCUAACAAAAG